ACCUGUGCUGCCAGGACAAGGACGAACGUUGAGGAUGAAGGGUACAGAGGGGGAGAUCCCUGAUGCGCACUUCACCGUGGACAAACAGAACAUCUCCCUCUGGCCGCAAGAGCCUCCUCCCAAGUCGGGUCUGUGUGUGGUCCUGAGGAAAGCUCCUGCAAUCGGUGCUGUAUUAGUCUGCCUGACGCUGGUCCUGGUCGCCUCCCUCCUGCUGCAGGGCAUCCUCUAUCCCUGGUUUAUGGGCACAAUAUCAGAUGUAAAGACCAAUGCCCAGUUGCUGAAAGGUCGCGUGGACAACAUCAGUGCCCUGGGUUCUGAAAUUAAGAAGAACAGUGGUAGUGUGGAGGCAGCUGGCCUGCAGUUCCACCUGGUGAAUGCCAGCCUGAGUCAUGUGCGUUCUCAGAUCCUAAAGUUGCAAACCAGUGUGGAGAAGGCCAAUGCACAGAUCCAGACCUUAACAAGAAAUUGGGAAGAAGUUGAUACUUUAAAUGCUCAAAUUCCAGAGUUAAAAAGAGAUUUGGACAAAGCCAGUGCUUUAAAUGCGAAAAUCCGGAACCUCCAGAGCAGUUUGGAGAAUACCAGCAAGUUGCUCAAACAACAAAGUGACAUUCUCCAGAUGGUUUCUCGAGGCUGGAGGUACUUCAAUGGGAACUUCUAUUACUUUUCUCCUGUCCUAAAGACCUGGUACAGUGCUGAGCAGUUCUGUGUGUCCAAGAAUUCACACCUGACCUCAGUGACCUCAGACAGUGAGCAGGCGUUUCUGUCUAAGUCAGCCGCAGAAGUUAUCCGCUGGAUUGGCCUGACCAAAGCAGGGACUGAAGGGGGGUGGCACUGGAUUGAUGACACUCCAUUCAACAAGGCCCAGACUGAGAGGUACUGGAUUCCAGGUGAGCCCAAUAAUUCUGGGUUCAAUGAACACUGUGUCAGCAUAAGGGUGCUUUCACUUCAGUCCUGGAAUGAUAGCCCCUGCGACAUUAAGUACUCAUUCAUCUGUAAGCGACCCUACAUCCCAUCAGAACCAUGA